GCAGCUACGCGAGCCGCGCUCGCCUGCUCCAGCAGCGUGUCGCGGGAUCGCGCUUGCGCACGGCCUCGUCUAGCCCGGAGGAGGAAGAGCAGAGCAGAGCGGAGACCCUCCUGUGUGUGCUCGGUGGACGCCAGAAGCAGGGGAAGAGGAAAAACAACUGCGAGCAGUUUGUGCACACUGCGUUCCUGCGCGCAGGCGGAAAAGGCGUCGCAUGGAUUCGGAUUUGGACAUCGCAGCUCGCAUCGUGUUUCCAUGAGCGCACGUCGCGCCGACGGUACGUGACGGAGCGCCGGGGGAACCCACACCCCUCGUGCUCGGAUAUUCGUUUGACAUUCGGCGACCAGACGUCCCGAAGAUGCAGAAGAGGCGCAGCGGCUGCCUCCUCGCCCUCGUCCUCGCGCUCGCUUUGCCCAGGUGCGUCGUGUCCGUGGGCGCAGAAAAGACCGUCGUGAACAAAGAAGAGUACUACAGCGCCACGGUAAACGCAACGGUCCUGGACCACAAGGGGAGCCCCAAGCGAAUGAUCUCCAAAGAUGACGGAAGGUACGGGCAAAAUUCCCCCAAAGCGGACGCCAAAGGGAUCGUGAUAACGCCUUCUGCUGUGAAUGGAGUGGUAGACAUGCAAGGCUGCUGCCCGUACACGCGUUUUGUGGUGCCGCCGAAGACCACGCACUGGGUGGCCCUCCUGCAGAGGGGCAAGUGCACAUUCAAGGAGAAGAUCCUGAGGGCGGCCACCUUCAACGCCUCCGCCGUGCUCAUCUACAACAACAGCUCCAAGGAGGACACGGUUACCAUGGCGCACGAAGGUACCGGAGACACUGUGGCGGUAAUGAUCACAGAGUCGUUUGGGAAGGACAUCCUGGCACUGGUGGAGCGUAACGAGACGGUGCUGGUGUCUGUGGCAGUAGGGCAGCGGGGAGCCGCCAAGAACAUGAACCGUGGCUCCCUGGUCUUCGUCUCCAUCUCCUUCAUCGUGCUAAUGAUCAUCUCCUCUGCCUGGCUGAUCUUCUACUUCAUCCAGAAGAUCAGAGACAGCAGUGCACGGGACCGAAGUCAGCGACAGCUUGGGGCUGCUGCCAAGAAGGCUAUUAGUAAGCUGACCACCCGGACAGUGAAGAGAGGAGACAAGGAAACAGACCCCGACUUCAAUCACUGUGCGGUGUGCAUCGAGAGUUACCAGCUUAACGAUGUGGUCCGUAUCCUACCAUGCAAACACGUCUUCCAUAAGAUGUGCGUCGACCCCUGGCUGAAUGAACACUGCACCUGUCCUAUGUGUAAACUCAAUAUUCUCAAAGCUUUGGGCAUCACGCCAAACCUGCCCUGUGUAGACAACGUGGCGUUCGAUAUGGACCAUCUGUCGCGUGGCCAGGCCUCCAGCCAGCGGGCGGCGCUGGUGGACCUGUCAUCUGAGAUGAACGUGAGUCUGGAGCCACUUCGACACUCUGGUUCGGCACAACUGCCCACAGACACGGAGCUUCCCCCCCGCGCUGGCGAGAUCAACAUCGCCGUUACCAGUGGGCAUUUCUUCAGCCGCAACACAGGCCCCCCGCGAAGCGCCGUGUGCGAGAUGGAGCUUCCCGACAUCCAGGCCUCUCUGAACAUGUACGAUGAUAACAAGUCAUGAGGACACGCCUCCACUUCACGUUUGGUCCCCAUUAGCCGUCUUCGUCCCGAAGCCUGAGCCAAGGGGCUACCGCCCCCUAGUGGAUAAUUGCAGCAACGACGACAGCGACUACGUGUACUGCUGCCAAAAGGCCUCCGGUCACCUGGAGAGGGUCUGGCUGAACCCUCUUCACACCCCCAGACCUUUUUUUUUUUUUUUUUUUCUCCAUCGUUGACAUUCUCAGACUUUUUGGGGGCCUAUUUUCAGACACUUUAGUUUUGUUUGUUCCUUUGCUAUUCCAGCUCGACUGUCAGUUUUGAUUGAACUUGUUUCAUGUAUGUUUCUCUGCCGAGUGUUUUGUUUUUGACAUCCAAAUGCUUAUUAACGUACUGCUGCUGCGAGUCUCUAACAGAAUGCCAAGACUUGGGGCGGACGGACUCCUGCCUCGCUUGGAGCGUUUGUCUCUAGUACAUGAGCUGCUUGUGUAGCCGACGCUUGUAAUCUCUUCCUGUGUGACAGAACGUGGGGCUGGUGCAGCUUCCUGUUUUCAGCAUUGACCAGCCAGCACUCAAAACGAAGUCUCAUGACAAAUCAGCAUUACUUCCCUGUAGAACUUUAAAAAAUAAUCUGUACAUAUAUAAAAAAACAAAUGCAUUUUAAAGUUCUAAUGACAAGCCUGGGUUAACUACACCAAUUACUACUGAUUCCCUCAUAAGGGCACCUAAUAUAUAUGAAUAUAUCUCUCAA